GACCUUGCCUCAAGCAUGGCAGAAGGCGUCUCUCAGAAAGUUGUCCUCUAACGUCUAAGAAAGGAGAUGAGGAGUGACCUGCAAAAUGGCAGGAGCUCGAAGCCAUGAGUAGGUACACCAGCCCAGUGAACCCGGCUGUCUUCCCUCACCUGACUGUGGUACUUCUGGCCAUCGGCAUGUUCUUCACUGCCUGGUUCUUCGUUUACGAGGUCACCUCUACCAAGUACACACGCGAUAUUUACAAAGAGCUCCUCAUCUCCUUGGUGGCCUCACUCUUCAUGGGCUUUGGAGUCCUCUUCCUCCUGCUCUGGGUUGGCAUCUACGUAUAAGUCUCCAAGGGUACCCACCAGGCAGCUCACCAAGUCUCUGCUUUUGUAAAUUAAUUUUUUACCAUUGCUACGUGUCCCACCUGCUGUUUACAAUAAAGGCAGAUGUGUGACAGGCCUG